AUGGGGAAAAACGAACUGGAGGAAAGAAACAGAGCGCUCAAGGAUGUCAACAUAGAGAACAUAUUCAAGUAUGUGGUCCGCUGCGGGCUCGCCGGAAGGAAGAAAACGGCGCUGAUUUUUUACCUUUGUAACUCUCUGGAGGAGAGUCACCUGGAGCGCAACAACGUUUUGGUGCUGUACCUGAGUCUCCUUUCAUCCUUCGAAGGUCACCUGGGGGAAUUGUUCCAAAGCAGAGCAUCCGCAGGGAAGAAAGAACAAAGGGGGAACCCAGAGGCGCAGGAAUCCGAUUUGCAAUUGGGUCUCAAAUUGAGCAAACUGAAUCUGUUGUUUAGCUACAUCAUCACUCAUAUCUCCUAUUUUGUGUCGCUCAGUGGAAAGUACAAAGAGGACACCUCCCUUCAGUUGUUCGUUCAGUAUAUGCACAUACGCACAUUUGUGACGCUACAAAAAUUUGCAUUCCAAAAAAAAAAAAAAAGUCAACUGCAAAAAUUAAUAACUCUCAAUCAUUUGAAAAUAUUAUUAACCUUCUUAAUUAACAUGUACAAGUACAGAAUUUAUGAAGUUUUAAAUGAAGAAAACUUGUACAUGAUUUCCAAGUUAAUUUUUUCAAUUAUUUUUUUUUUUUGUCAUAUAAGAGAGAACUGCAAGACGGAAAAAUUGUUUAUUUGUUUUUACGAUUAUGUCUACCAUGUGGCUGAGAUUUUUAUCAGGAGAUAUUUAUACCACUUGGGGAAGAAGGGCAAGGGUUCCAAUGCGUUAUUGGUGUAUUACCAGAACAUGGUAAUCUUUGUAUGUGACUAUAUGAGUAAGCUCAAAGUUUUGAAACACGUGGAGAGGUACAUUUUGAAUAAUGGGAAGAGCCCCUUUUGCAGUGUUACCCUCCUCAGUGUGGUGACGAACACCGUUGAGCGGCACUUGCUGCGGCCGCACGGGGAAGAACCCCCUUUCAUGAGGUUGAAGAGGAGGGAGGUGUCUCAGCCGAGUCCACACGAGGGGAGUAGUAGUCCCUUAACGGAUGAACAGAAUGGAAAGAACGGUUACAUCCUCCUCAUGGAAAGAAGAACGGUCAGCCAAUUCGUAUUUUUGAAGCUACUUCGAUUGGUGGAAAUCCUGUUAGUGAAGAAAGACAGAAUAUAUUUAACUGUCUAUUUGCACGAGACGAUCGGGAGGGUGACCAAGUCGACGAUGGAAAAAAUUUUCCUCAUUGUUAACGGAGGUGAUGAAAGGAAAAACAACAACAUCAUGAUGAUGACAUACGACCGGCUGUUCUACCUCUACGAGUACUACUGUAACAUCCUUUUUUAUAUAAUAAACCGAAGUGAUAAGAGAAAAGUACGGGACAGAAGAGGAGAAGCCAAUAGAUCAACCAUUAGAAAUACGGUCUACAUGUAUUUGCUCAACAGCUGCAUUUUUCACCUGUACGAAAUUUAUCCACUGGUAAUCCUCCUUCUGCAUGUAACCCCAAAUGAGGUACGAAGUAUUUUGGGAUAUAAUAAAUUCUCCCUCGUUAAAAGAAUGCUACGUAUCCACAUCGGAGAAAUGGAAGUCACUCGAAUUGUGAACCUUUCGAUAUUCUUCUUCGACGUGGUGCUGAAAAAUGUGAUCAGCACUCCACUGGUGGGGAAUUACACCUUUCCCAUUUUGAAGUGCCUCCUUUGGAAUGAUAAGAAGUUAAGUAAAUUUUUUCAAACAGUGGUGGGAACGUAUGCUGGGAAGACAGACGGAUGUGCCGUCAUCGAGUGGCAGCAGAAUAGUGUUCCUCGUUCGAAAUGUUUGCAGGAGGCAGAUCGAACGGAACAGAAUGAGAAUCCGAACCUUGGCUAUUAUCACAGUGAUGUUUCAGCUGCUCACGGGGGUUGUGGCUUAAGGAGAGCCCCCCUGAUCAGUGCCAAUCUGGUUGUAAACGAAAAGAACAGUUUUGUCAUCCUGGUGAAUAGUUACGUGAAGUUGAAUUGGGCCAAUUUGGGGGGAGAAGCACCCAUUGGGGGAUUGUCGUCGGGGAGCACAAUCGACGUCGCCGAUGGUGCAAAGGUGAGGAAUGAAUUGAGUCGGCUAAAUCACACCAACAGGAGUAGCACUAACGGAUGCCUCCGCAAGAGGGACCACUCCCGCUGUAACCGUGGGGCCACCCGAGGGAGGGAUGAAAUCUACACCAAGGCGUACUUCCCCCUGCUCAUGAAGCAUCUUCUGUCCCAACUAAUAAAAAGAACAAAAAAGAAGAACUUCCUAGAUGAUAUGGAAAGCAACUGUAACAACUACCUAGGAAUAUACAUUAACAAACUGCACUACUACUGCAACAAUAUUUUUACUUAUAAGCCCAUUUUUAAGCAUAACUUCAGCUCAUUUGUGAGGAGCCAUAUGGCGAAAAAUAAGAGGCACCUGAUUGAGAAUGUGUCGUUCUUUAAUCAAAUGUUUAACUUGUAUAGUAGUAAAAAGAAAGGCAGUGAAAAAAGAAAAAAAAAAAAUUUCUUCUUCAAGAAUAAAACCUUUGUCCUUUCGAGCAUAGAGAAGAAGCAUAGCUACUCCAAUUACACCUUCCUAAGGAAAAUCUUAAAUUACAAGAUCUCCUACUUUGACAAUGAGCAUUAUUAUUUCAGAUUCUUAUUUAAUUUAAAAUUCUUGCACAAUCUGAAUGACUAUAUUAAUGAGUACUUUUUGCUGAAGAAGAAACAGCUAAACAGGAAAGUCAUUUUUAAUAUCAGCUUGAAUAUAAAGGAGAAGAUAAAGAAGAUGAAGCCUGGACUGAAUGAUCUGUAUGAUCACCCUGUGGGUAAUGCUUCCGUCGGCUCAUUGGGUCCCUUUGGACAAAGCGACUUAAAACUACAAAGCAAAAGUGAAAGCAUCGUUAAAGAUUUUCAAGCCAGUAAAGGAUGCAGAUAUUGGCAACCCAAGAGAAGGGAAAAAAGAGAAGGGAAUUUGUUGCUCCAUUUUUUAUUUAUAAAUUACAAUUACUGCGUUUGCAAGCAAGACGCCGGUGACCACAUGAGUCGCUACCUCCUCCUUAUUUUGAAGUAUUUUGAGAGUGUAAUGCCGUAUGUACAUAUCUACAAGUACAUUUGUGCACUGCUGCUUUUUCUAAUUUCGUUCGUGGAGAGGAAGCCUCUGUCCCGCACCGAUGUCCUGCGCGUGGGGGGGGGAGGGAGCGCAUUAGGAAGGGGUGCUGCAAACUCCUUAACGAACAGGAGGAAACUCGGUCGAAAGGUGAGGAAUAACAACCCGAAACAGUACGGGAGAGCCGCUUCGAAAGAGGGACACGAUGCAGGUGAGGCUUCCCCUGUGCGGGGUAACGCGGUAGGAAGAAUUGUGUUGCAAGGAGUGGAAAAGGAGUAUGCGCGAGUGGAGGAAGAUGUGAUGAAGGAAAUGAAGAAGGUAGGAGCUGGGAGGCAUAACCUCCCGACGAGUAAGUGCCCCCUGCUGCAGCGAGCGAGCAAUCGCAAGGCAGCCCUGAAGGUAUUGACGGGCACGAUAGACCGGUUGAAGACAUACCUGUUCAGCAACACCUUCCAUUACCUGUACCAAGACGUGAGGAAGUACAACAAAUAUAUAACGAUGCUGUCGCUGUACUUUUAUAAGUUAUACUUCACUUUGCUUUAUUUCGAAAUUUACCAGAGGGAUUACCUCCAAGGGAGUGAAGUAGAUUUGAUUAAAAGCAAAAUUGCAGAGAUAACCCCCGUUCUGAGCAUCAAAUAUUUAAACAAGAACAACAUACAUAGUGUAUGCAAAAUAGAAAUUAUAAAAUCAAUCAAAGAGGAUCGAACUGAGAACAAUUCUCAAGUGGAGGUGAACAAUAACGAUGUGGACAAGUUAUAUGUUCUCAUAAUGCACUACAUCGAAAGUAUGAAGAGGAAGGAAUUCAUCCUGUAUACGCUGUACCUACUUAUCGAUAAGGCCAUCUUCAGGAAUAAAUAUAUCCACAAAAAUGUGAAAAAGUUAAUUCAUUUUAAAGUUUCCACUUUCCUGCAUGACAUGGGAGAAUUUCACGACUACAGCGUUAUUUUCUCCACCUUAUUUUUGCAAAUGAAUAUAAUGAGUUAUAAUAAGAUAAUCCGGAACUAUAUUUAUUUCAUAUUUGAUCAGAUCUUCAAAUUGAAGUUUAGCAUCUUAUUCGAUGGAGGCUUUCUGAUUUGUUUUUUGAAGAACCUCGAGAAGAGCAGCCUGGAUUAUGCAUUCUCCAAGAUGAUCUACGAGGAGAAAAAGAAAUUUAAGAAUUUUAUCGAUAAGAAGAAGAGCACCAUCAUAAAGAUUAUUUACAAAGUCAAUUUAUACAUUACCAUAAAUUAUCUCCUUUUUUUGAAGAUGCUAAAUUGCUGCAAAUUUUUUCUAAACCUGUACUCUUUCUUCUACUAUGAGUUUUACAUUUUCUGUGUGAACAAGUAUGUCAGGAGGUACCGAGGAAGGCAUAAGGAGAGGGUGGAGGAGAGGCUGGAAAAGGAGGAGAAGGACGACGAGGACGAUGACUAUGACGGGCGUUGUUAUUACGAGGAAGUGUCCCAGGGGCGCAGGGCCAAAGAGUUGUGUUCCUCGUUCCCGGACCGUGGUGAGCAGGGCGCGGAAGGGGUAGGCGGUCUUUCUAGUGGUUCGGUGAUCGCUGAGGCAAGGGAGCUACUGGAGGAGGGAGACCACCCACACGGUUCACCCCUACACGGUUCACUCCCACACUCGAGGAGCGCCCCCUCGUCGACCGGCAGAAGGAGUUCCCCGAAGAGAGGCCGCAGCGGAAGGGCGACAUUGAAGGGUUUGCACUCAACAAGCGGCCUCCUCUCGAUGGGGAACAGCCGCGGGCGCUCGAACUACCGUAUAAUCGGCCGAAGGAGGAGGAAAAUUAACUCCAACUUCUUCGAGACGAAUAAGGAGUUUAAGGAGUUUCUUGAGAACACCAGUGAUGAGUCGCAGCAAUCGCGGAAACCAGAGCAGCCGCCUCAACCGGAGCAGUCUCAUCAACCAGAGCAAUCGAAUCCAUCGCAUCAACGUAUGCGCCCCCGUCUUGUGAUGCGAAACGACACGCUAAACAACGACGCGAACUAUUUCAAGGUUCUGAAAAAAAUCAGGGGAGGAAACACAUUUAUUUGCAACCUCUACGACAUUAAGAUAAGCAAGCGAAUUCUCUACAACAGGAAGCACAUCAAGGAGUAUAUGAACACAGUCAAUUUUGUGAUCAGCGUCUUCCUAGCCACCAACAUCAAUAACCUGAACAUGGAUACACUCAAUAAUAACUACAUCUAUAUAAUUUCAAAAAUUGUUAAGAAGAACAUCAAAUUCUACUUCUUCUAUUUUUACUACAGCAUUUUCAGAAAGAAGGGCAAGAGGCUUAAAAGUAUUUACAGCGUCAAUUUGGACACCAUUGUGAACAACUCUUUUGGGGGAAGCGGCACCAUGGGAGGAAGUGGCAUCAUGGAAACGAGCCACAACGUGGGAAGAAGCGGCAACGUCUGCAAGCUUAGCAUUAAGAAGAAAUAUAUAUACGUAUUGUACACGUUGUCUACCAUCCUUUGUGUGUACAACUACAAGUACGCCUUUUUCAAUUACUACUUUUUUGUCUUCUACAAGUUUGUGAAGAUGUUGGCCAAGAUGACUGCAAAGUCCAUAUGGGUGGGGAAUUAUCUGGUGGACCGCUGUGGGGGGGAAGCGGCUGUACCGGCGGACGACAGCCACUGCGCGGAGAAAAACGCCGCAGAGAGGACGGGGCUCGACGAGCCACAGAAGCCAAGAGGACACUGCAAACUGUCUCGCCUGAGCAAAAGGGAGAGGAGCUUCCUCGAAAGCGACAUGCUUAUGAUUAAGCGUUACGUGAAUGACUAUAUAAGAGAGAGCAGCAUACGAAUGCACAGGAACCUAUUUAGAAGCGACAUGCCGCAUAAGUACGUCCUGGACAGGUACACCACCCUUAUUAACAACACACUCCUGCUUCUAUUAUUUACGAACUACUUGUCUCUCACGUACCAAAAUAUAAACCUCACGGAAAAUAAAAUAGUGCAGAGGAAGAUCACUCUGCUGGAGAAAUACAAACACUACUUAAUGAACAAAAUUGUGCAGAUAUACUUUUUAAACAUCCCCUAUUUGUGUAACUAUUUAGUCGUCACGUUGGAGUUUUGUCUCCUCUUUAGUAGGACCUUUCUUACCAUAAAUUAUACCUCAUUUUCUUUGAUGAGGGAAAUGAAAGCCAUUUUCAGAAAUGGCUACAUGUAUCGCCUGGUGAAUUGCUUGAACGCGCUGCAGCAUAUGAAGACCUUCUACCAUCUCAGUUGUUACCGGAGCGGCAAUUUGUAUUUCCACAACUAUAAGAAGGUGGCCGAUGAGAAGUUUCACUGCUUCGGGGAGGGGAACUUAGGAGGUGUAAGAGAUGUAGGAGUCGUAGCAGGCGUCAUAAGCUGCAGUAGAGUCGCCCGGGGGAACACCACCUUGGAGCGGGCCGAGCAGGAUGACAGCGACGGUAGCCUGAGCCAGUACGACGACUACAUUUACAAAGACGCAUUCAAAGAGGUGAAGGAAGUGCUAAAGAAAAAAACCAAGCAGCACAUGAGAGACUACUUCGAGAGAAGCAUGAAGAACAUCUUUUACCUGUUAGAUUGCUUCAAGGACAUAUCGAGCAUUUCUCUUUUUCUAAAUUUUUACCUCCAGGAAAAUACAAAAAUUAGGGAUAUAUACGAUAAUCUGCAUAUACAGAGCAUGAAUAACAUUUACUUGUAUAAUUUUAAAGCGCUCAAGAUAAAUUACCACUUUCUAUGCAUCGUGUUUUUGUCGAUUGUCCAGAUUUUUAAUUACACCUCGAACUUUUUCCACUCGUACAGCUAUGUAAUCGAUCUGUAUGCCAAGUACAAAUAUAGUUACUUCCUUUACGACUACAGCUUGCGUAAUUUUUUCUCCUUUUUUAAUGUGUACAUGUUUCAGAUGAGCAGAUGCCGACAGAGGAAGAAGGCCUUUGUAAACUUCAGAAACCAGGUGAACACCAUCUGCAUCAGUGACAUCUUUGACUUUAACAGGCUCCUGCUCCAGAAGGGAUUUCUAUUCUUGUGUUUUUUUUUCCACAAUUUUGAGAACGUCCUGCCAGACAUUUACUGCGUCAAUUGCGCGAAUAAAUAUUCUGUUGGCUGCUACCAUAGGAACGCCCUCCCCGUGAAUUUGGGUCUUGUGCGCCACGGCAAGAAGGGGAAGCCCGCUGUGAGGAGGAUAUCAAAGCAAGAUACUAUGAGGGCAGUUAUUAGCGAUCCUGCCAGCGGAGUUGCCAAUGGCGAGAGACCGCCUGGAAAGAGGAACCCAAGAAUGGCUGCUAACCACGUAAGUGACAGUGACGGGGAAGACUCCCUUCCAUAUGUUGAAGUGGAGCCGGGUGGAGAAAAUGACCCCGCUGUGAAGGACUCAAACAGAGUUGGCAAAAAAACCCAAGAAGGCUAUUUCGAAAUGUUUUACAAAAGAGAAGGGGAUAAGAAGAUGGCCGUUUCGGUGGAGCAUGCAGGUGGGAUAAGAAGCCCCCUUCAGAUUGACGCCCAUAUGGACAGAGACAUAAAAACUCAUGAGGAAGAAAUUAAUUUUGGAGUGAAGCCAACAGUUGGACAUUUCCAGGAGAUUGGCGCACAAAAGGGGGAUCAUUCCUCCGGGGAGAAUCUCACCCAGAAAGGGGAGAAGCUUAAGAGUGAAGAUAGCCAACUUACUAGGGAAGUCUCCACCCCCAUACGCCCGAAGGAACCAUCGCGACGAAGCAAGGAGGGCGCCAAGACGGAGAAUGAGGAGCAUAGUAGCACCAUUGGAAAGUACGCCGGAGGGAUUAUCUCCUAUUUUAAAAAUAAGGUUACCCGAAUGGGGAACAAGAAGGGAAGAGGAACAGGAGCAGGGGGGAGACGACAGGUGAGGAGCAAAACAGGAAAUGGUUACUCCUUUGAUGACGAUUUUGUAGACGCAGAGGAACAUGCGAGGUGUAGUUCCUGCGGAGGGAGCAGCGACUGGGGCGGGAGAAGCCUGAUGAGAGCUUCCGGGAUCCCCAAGAGAGGUGUCAACGUGAGGGGCCAGGACGACGCCAUUUAUGAUAGGAAUGAGAAGAAUGGCAAGGAGGACGGCAGCUACGACGAGGGUGAGGACCUUGACAAUCGGGAUAGAGGCCAACACCACCAUCACCGCGAUGACGACGACCUCUGCUCACGGAAGGUGCGGGAGAAAGACGUGGAACUUCUGAACGCGUACAAGUACCUGCUGACCUAUCAGAAGAGAAACAAAAGGAGGCUGUACGACUACCACUUGAAGGAAGAGCUUCGGUGCAUGUGUAUAAACAAAUACAUUCAUGUCUGCAACUUAAUUUACAAUUGCCUCAUGUAUAUGUACCAGCUGAAGUACAAAUAUAAGGAUAUGAAGAAGAAAGGGUUCUGCCUCUUUGCCUACACACCGUUUAGAAGGAAAAAGGAAUUGGACAAUAUCCAUAGCUCCAACGUCAAAAACGAAAUAGUUAUCAACACGAGGCAUCUGCUUAACCUAGACUUCAUCAUAAUGAGUACGCUGUACCUUGCGGAGAGCAUUUACAUCAACCUAUACAAGUGUAAGCUGUUUACAGAUAUGUGUAUCUUCAAUAAUAUAAAAUACGUGUGCUUGGAAAAUAGCCAGGUGAAGAAGAAGAAUAGUUACCAAAGUGGAGAUCACAUUUUACACUCCGGAAGUAAUCGCAAUAACGUCAAAGCCGUUUCGGAGCGGAAGCAUAGAAGGGACGCGGACCGAAGUGCCUACCAGUCCAGUUACGUGACGUAUCAGGCGAAUGCGAACGGAAGCAGCUCCUUGAGUAGGCGCAAUGUGCUUGAGGAGGAGGGCGAAGACUUCGGUUCGUGCAAACUCACCCGUGGGAAUUACAACGGUGAGAAAAUGAAGCCGGGCGCGAACAGCCGCAGAACUACCCCCGUCGAUGUUGGCAUGGCGGCCGGCAGUGGAAAGAAGAAGCAAGUCGAAAUUGACACGAACCACAUGUGCAGCAGCGGUAGCGGGAAAGGCAACGUAAGUGACCACAGGAGCAGCAACAGCAGCAGUGACGGUGGGGGGAGCAAAAAAAACAGCAGGGCUAAGAGGGAGAAGAACAAAGCCACCAGUAGGAGGAAGAAGAAGAAGAGUGUGAGCAGGAUGAGCUUCUUCCUGAGGAGAAGGAAAAAACACGAUGUCCCAAAAAGCUCCAGGAAUCUGUCCAUAAGGAAUUACCUUUUUGCGGACAAGAACCUGUCGAAGAAAAGCUGCAAAGUGAAGGACCCCUCGAUUAACUACUUUCACAACUAUAAGAUUCUGUCGGACAAUUACAAAGCCAAAUUAGCCAGAAUGAACAAGAAAAAGAGAAAGAAGGAGAAGCUGAAGGAAAAAGAGAAGGGAAAAAAGGAGAAGAAGAAGGAAAAAGGGAAAGGGAAAAAAAAAGAGGAGAAGGAGAAGAAGCAGAAGAAGGGAAAGAAAAAAGGACCCCCAAGUGAAGCAAUUAGAUCAACGAGUGGCAGUGCCUUUUACCACAAUUAUGGGAUUUAUGGCAUUGACGACGAUCAUGAGGAUGACGAUGAUGAUGAAGAUGAGGAGGGUAAGCCUAGUAGGAAGGCCAAGUGGAACUUCCAGAGUUUCUUCUUUGGACGGAAGAGGGGAGAGGUAGACCCCGGCCGUGGGAGCGCACACCACGAAAGGGGAAAAAUUACUGAUGCUUAUCGUACGAGUGAACCGGUACGAAUUGACAACCUCUUCGUGAAGCACAAAUCCAGGAGCAUCAAAAACAGCGACAUGAAUCGUCUGCUCAAAAUGGACCGAGGAGCCCUAGAAGAGGAAAACAUGGAUCGGAUAAGACACCUAUUCAUAACGUUUAACAAUAAUUUCAAGGAGAAAAAAAUCAGCACUUACAUCAGCAACAUAUUCAGCUACACCUCUCUGCAUUCCAACUUUAACGUGUUCUAUAGAAGCCACUUUGAAAUCUUCGACCAGAAGAUAAAGGUGGGCAGAGGGCUGCUCAAGGUACUCUACUCAUACUACUACAGACACAACUUGUCCACAUUCUACAAGGUUUUUAAAAAGAUAGAAUAUAUAUAUGUCUACUUAAAUUUACAUUUUUACAACUCUCUUUUUAACAUGGACGUGAAGGAACUAAAUGAGGACAUUAACAAAUAUUCCCUCUUCAUGAUGGUAAAGUACAUCAAGAGACACCUGCACAGCAACCCCAAGCUUUACUCUACCUUCAUAGUGAAGGUCCUAAAUUUUGCAAACAACGGAGUUCACAAAAUGACCAACUUUCUCUGCAUGUACCUUUAUAACGACCUGCUCAAUGUCCUCCAUCAGUAUUUGAUCCAAGUGAGCAUAAGCAACAAGCUGACUUUGAAUAAAUACAACUUAUUUUUGCUGAGGAAGAACAAGCUCCCAUAUGUGCCCAUCUCGAACGUUUUAUUUCUGCACUGCAAUCAGUUCAGCCUGAAUGAUAUCGUAAAGAUUUUGUACAGUCACCCGCAGUAUGGUCUCUUUUUAAGAACGGUGGCAGUUAGCAAUUUGCUGUACUGGUACAAGAAGAGCACCAUCACGAAUUGUAUUUAUUUGCAGUUGUUUGAGUACCUGAAGGUGGACCUGGGGAACCGAGUUUUCUUCUUCAUCGUUUUUUUCUGCUUCCAAUCUUUCCUCUUUCUAUACCAGCUCUUCAUGAAUUUGCACACUUACAUCGAUGAUGAGUACUUGGUCGACUUGGUUCUCCCCCACGAGCGGAAGCAACAGUACGCAGUGGAGGAACUGUCCGAUGGCGGACGCAAAGAAAAAACGCAAAUUGUGAGCGCGUUAGACGGGCAUCACCUGGAUCACCAGUGCGUGCUUUUCAACACGGAGAUGUUUGCCCGCAAGACGAACCCCGUCAGAAACAUACUCAUGAUUCUCUUUCCCCAGAAGAGCAGAAAAAACCUUCCCACGGGAGGAGAAAGUGAUAAACAUGGGGACACCACAAAUGGUAGGGAAAAUGAAAAAGACAUCAUCAACAUGGAUAAUUUUAUUUUUUUUAAAUACCAAAGGUACGUGAAGAAGUCACACGUUUUGUCCAUAAAAUGCUUCCUCAUUAAGAAAUUACUAAUCCAAAAUUUGCGUGACAAGAGUAGGAAGGCACUAAUCGAGUCGUGUCGAUUUCAUAAUUACAUUUUUUACACAAGUCAGCGGGCGGCUCAGUUGGACAAGAAUAUUCAACAGGACUUUGUAAAAAUGGAAGUUCAGAAUCUGCUGAACACUAUGGAUGUACACAGGGUGAAAUUGCUCACCAGCAGCAAUGUUGUUUGGGGCGUAUCGGAUGAGGUGAAGAUUCUCAUGUCCGCCACCAGGACACCAAUUCUGUUGACCUUCCACACUUCUGCGAUGAGCAGGACAACAGUUGGAAGUCUUCCAGGCCAUCACGCAAAGAAGACCAUGCCAACGGACCAUGUGAGCAAAAAACGGACGCACCACCGCAUGUGGUCUCUUCCCAACGUCAGAAUGGCAACUUCCAAUGGCGGCGGGGAUGGCGCUCCCUUGAAGAAGAACGAUCGAAGUCUGUUCGUCAGCGAAGGAGACGUCCCCCUUGGAACACAUACACUGCAGGAACAAACAAGGAGUGGUUCCGAAAAAAGGCCACAUUCUUAUUACUUAUACAGUGAGGGAUACAACAAGAGUGUACGCACGUACGAACAUGCCAGCACUGAUUGUAUAAAGAGAAGCGGGAAGUUGCCAGAAGGAGACAUCGAAGGUAACAGGAAUUGUGCCUUCCCUUCCCUACACAGUGCCCUUUUGACCCCUCCCAAAAUGAGCCAAAAUUGGGAAGACGUUUCGUACAUAUACAAAGUUAAUGAUGAUGUCAGGCAGGACAAACUGGUCAUACAGAUUAUUCACAUUUUCAUCCACAUCCUAAGUGACUAUAAAUCGUCUUAUAAUUUAUUUCCUUACAACAUCGUGACAAAUAAGUAUAGCAACGUCCAUGUCAAGGGAGGGGAGGGGGACCGCAAUAGCAAGUGCGCCGCCAGCAGGGGGGACGGGGUGGAUGAAGCAAAAACGCGGAGUGGCCGCAAAUUCUCAUUCUCCUUCCGCCUCUUCAGGAAGAGGAAGGAGCAAACCGAGGAGGAAGCCAAAGGGGAAGUGAGCAAAAAAGAUCGCGUCGGACGAAACGCGAGUAAAAGGGAGCCCUCCAUGGAGGACGGAAAUACAGAGGACCUCUCUAAAAACAGUACCGACCCGCGAGGCAGCUGCAACGGCGGUGAUGGAAAAACCCCUCUGAUGAGGGAAGAGCUACGCUCUGCAAACCUUGAGCGAAGCAUAAUUCCAUACAUACCCGAACACAUUAGCGGGAAAUCCAAAGGAGUAGAAACAUCCAGAAAAAAAAGAAAGAAAAAAAAAAAAAAAAAAUUAGAAAAUUUCGGGGCAGUUAUUGAAGUGUUAGCAAAUACAAAAAGCAGACAUGAAAUAGGAAGAAAGUAUAAGAACAUAAUAAAGUUUUACCACCUGAAAUUUUCACAUAUCAACACUUAUAUCUAUGCUUUGAAAAAUUUUAUCUGCUCCUUGGCUGCCUACUCCCUUCUGUCCUUUGUUUUGCAAGUGAAGGACAGGCACAACGGCAACUUACUCUUCGACGAUUACGGAAAUAUUAUCCACAUUGACUUUGGUUACAUCUUGAAUAUUUACCCGGGAAUUUCGAUAAACUUCGAACUGGCCCCCUUUAAGUUAACGAGAGAAAUGAUCAUGCUCCUCACCAUGAAAAAUCAGAAGAAGCAGUAUUUUAUUUUUACCUACAUUCAGUUGGUUGUCAAGGGGUACCUUCUGCUGAGGGAAAAGAGCGACUGGUUGAUUUCUUCCAUUCUUAGUCUGUCCCACUCGGAUAUCAACUGCUUUAAGUACAACACGGUGGAGAAGUUGAGGAAGCGCCUUAAAUUGGACAAAAGCGACAACGACGCCAGCAUUUUCAUGAUAAACAAAAUCCACCAGGCGUACAACAACAUAACGACGAUUAUGUACGACUACAUUCAGAACAUCCAACAGGGGAUCCAGUGA